AUGCAGCCUUACACGAUCGCAGUUCCCGAUGAAGCCUUGCAGGAUCUCAAACAACGCCUUCAACUGGCCAAGUUCCCAUCUCAGCUUGAGUCGCCAGACCAAGACUCAUGGGAUUUCGGCGUACCAGCCAGCGAAGUACAGCGGGUCGUAAAAUACUGGAAAGACGGCUUCGAUUGGCGGAAGGCAGAAUCUCGUCUGAAUGAGCUGCCGCAUUUUCAUACUGAUAUUGAAGUUGAUGGAUUCGGUGUAUUAGAUAUUCACUUUAUUCACCAGACAAGUCCUGUUAAGGGUGCUAUCCCGCUUCUAUUCAGUCAUGGAUGGCCUGGGUCAUUCAUCGAAGUGACAAAGCUUUUGUCAAACCUGAAAGGUGAUGAUGGAAAUCCUGCAUUCCAUGUCGUGGCUCCAUCACUUCCAAACUUUGGUUUCUCCUCAGGAGUUAAUCAUCGCGGAUUUGGCCUGGGCCAAUACGCAGAGACUCUGCACAAAUUGAUGCUCAAGCUGGGCUACAAUCAAUAUGUCACCCAAGGUGGAGACUGGGGCUUCUGGAUCACACGAAGCAUUGGUCUUCUCUAUCCCGAGCACUGUAAAGCCUCACACGUCAACAUGAUCGUCGCGCGGCCACCUCAGUGGAAUACUAGCCCUUUACUCGCUCUACAGCACGCCUUCACACCCUACACUACUCGGGAACGAGAAGGACGCAAGCGAUCUGAAUGGUUCGAUCAAGAAGGAUACGGUUACAAUAUGCUACAGAGCACCAAGCCGCAAACCAUCGGUGCAGCGCUCGCAGACAGCCCAGUCGCUUUAUUAACCUGGAUCUACGAAAAGCUCCACGACUGGACAGAUUCAUACCCCUGGACAGAUGACGAGAUUUUGACCUGGGUUUCAAUUUACUGGUUCUCCAAAGCGGGACCGGAUGCGAGCGUUCGCAUUUAUUAUGAAGCUUUGCAUGCAGAAUCUGUCUCCGGGAUAACAUAUGAUCAGUUGAGGUCUUAUAUCCCUGAGGUCAAACUUGGUCUUGUUCAUCUACCGCGGGAAAUCUCGGUUGUUCCGUCGACAUGGGCUGCGGCACUGGGUCCGGUUGUUCGGCAGAGUGAGCAUACUCAUGGAGGUCAUUUCGCGGCAUGGGAAGUUCCAGAUGCUAUUAUUGAGGAUCUUCGGGCGAUGUUCAGUGAGGGAGGUCCUUGUUACGGGGUGGUGCCCAACAGAAAUGGGUAUUGA